CCGCCUGCCUCAGUGGCGGGCUGGAGGAGGGGGCCGCGCGCGCGCGCGCCAGGGCGGCACACGAGCGGCUGCCAGCAGAGCGCGAGGGCAACAAGUGGGUAAUUUUCCCGCCAGCAUGUCCCGGCGGCGGCUCCUGCCGCCCUCGAGGCGGGUGCCGACGCCGCCAGCGCUUUGAGAUCUCGCCCCGGCCGGUGAGGAGAAGCGGCCGCCGCUGGAGGUGGCCGCGCUACCAGGGACUCUCCUGCGAGGGGCGGAGGCGCCUCCGCCCAGCCCAGCCGCCCGUCCCUUUUCCUGGCCGGGACUGGGACCACCCCCCCCGCCAGCUCCGCUGAGGAGACUGCUCCGCUCCCCCCAGUGGUGAGGCGGGGAGCUCCAUCGCUGGCCGGCCGGCCGGAGCCCCCGCCCUGCCGCAGGGGCUGAGCGCGGCGGCAGGAUGCAGCCCGGCUGCUGAGAAGCAUGGUGGAGCCGGAAAGCGCCACAGGAACAGCCGACGCGGAGCCCAGCUGUUGUCUGACAAGAUAUGAGAAAUGAGUGUUGGACGCAGAAGACUAAGGCUGCUGGGAAUUCUGAUGAUGGUAAACUUUUUUAUUUAUGUGAUUGUGGAAGUCUCCAAAAGUGGUGGUCAAGAGAAGAACACAAAAGGACAGGUUAUAAUACCCAGCAGCAAAUUCUGGAGGAAAUACACUCCUCACAAGGCCUAUUGGAACAAACAGCAGCAGAAGCUGGAACUCUUGUACAACCCCAUUUUGACCUUGCUUUCCAAUAUGACUGUGGAAGAAGCCUUAAUUUCUAAUACUAGUGUUCUGGUUUCCUGUGACCCUGAUCCAUCAGUAACUUCAGAGGUUAAUGACUUUGCAAAGUUGCCAGACAGAUUUAAAGACUUCCUGCUUUAUUUAAGAUGUAGAAAUUAUUCAUUAUUAGUGGAUCAACCAAACAAGUGCAAACAUAAACCUUUCCUGCUGCUGGCUAUUAAGUCGCUUAUACCACACUUUGAUAGAAGGCAAGCAAUUAGGGAAUCUUGGGGUAAAGAAAUAAAAUCAGGGGAUGUAACAGUUGUAAGGGUCUUUUUGUUGGGACAGACCCCUCCAGAAGAUAACUUUCCUGACCUUUCAGACAUGUUGAAAUUUGAGAGUCAAACCCACCAAGACAUUCUUCUUUGGAACUACAGAGACACUUUCUUCAACUUGACUCUGAAAGAGGUGCUGUUUCUUAAAUGGGUCAGCAGUACAUGUCCAAAUGCCCAGUUUAUUUUUAAGGGGGAUGAUGAUGUUUUUGUGAAUACCCAUCAGAUCCUGGAUUACUUGAAGAGUUUAUCAAAUGACAAAGCCAAAGACUUAUUUAUAGGUGACGUGAUCAAAGAUGCUGGACCUCAUCGAGAAAAAAAAUUGAAGUACUACAUUCCAGAAAGUGUUUAUGAAGGUUCUUAUCCUCCAUACGCGGGAGGUGGUGGGUUUCUGUACUCUGGUGAUCUGGCAUUAAGACUGAACAAUGCAUCUGACCAGGUCCUCCUCUAUCCUAUUGACGACGUUUAUACUGGAAUGUGCCUUCAGAAACUUGGGCUUGCUCCGGAAAAACACAAAGGCUUCAAAACCUUUGAUAUUGAAGAGAAACACAGGAAUAACAUAUGUUCCUACACAAACUUAAUGUUAGUACAUAGCAGAAAACCUCAAGAAAUGAUUAAGAUUUGGACACGCUUGCAGGAUCCACACUUAAAUUGUUAAAUGUUUAAAGUAACGUGGAAGUGUCUUCAGUUUAUUUUCCAGGAUUGAGUCUAGUUUCUUCACUGCACCAUUAAAAUUCCUCUUCGUUUUCACUUAAUGGUUUUUUAAGUUACUUCUCUUAAAAAUCAUUAGCUAGAAACAUUCGUCCAGUACUUCUAAAAGUAAAAAUAAUACUAGAAUAACAAAUUUCUGGGAGUAUGGCAUGAAGACUUAGUCCUAAUCUUUCCACUGUCCUAGCAGUUAUUAUGUUUUAAUAUUUCAUCUACAAAUUUUAAAAUAGACUUCAGAAGUUAUAACUAAAAAUUCUUCUUUGAUUCAUGGUUAGCUAUCACCAUAAUGUUGAAAGCAUGGAUUGCCCACUUUUCAUUGCUAGUGCAUCUUAUUUGCGGUGUAGAAACUGUAAACACUGACUUUUUUUUCCUGAGAAAACUUGUCUGUCUGAAAUAGCAUUUGUAACUUAAACAUUCAGAAAUUGGGGAAGUCUAAUUUUUACACAAAGUAAAAAAAAAACUUUAAAAAUUACACUAAUUAUUGAAAUGUUUUUUUGAUUUUGUAACUCUUCCUCUAUCCUAUGCUACUCCUGAACAGUAUUCUCUCAUUCAAAUGUGAUCUGCUAUGUAAAAUAUGUCUGCCUGUAUCUGAAAGGAUACUAAAUCUCUACCUUUAUUUUAAUGAUACUUUAUAUCUUAUAAAAUCACAAUAUAAUUUCAAAUGGGAUAACAUUUUAAGAGCUGGACAUGUAUGGGAGAGGAUAGGUUUUAUGUUGAACUUUGCAAAUGGGCAGAUUUUUGUCUUGAAUUUCAGUUAAGCUUUACAAAUCAAAGUUCUUCUGUCACUCAUUUUAUUCACAUGAAAGGCUGCUCUGGCCAGUCCUCAUUUUCUGUAUUGGUGUUAAAAACAAUCAUCAGGUAGCUUGAUUUGAUAUAGAUAACUGAAGUCUGAAAUUGCACAUCACUCAGGAAAGCUUGGUUUAGAUCUCUUCUAUAAACUGAUGAUAAACUUAGAACAGAGUACAUCAAGUUUUGAAAGUGAGAUUUGGAAAUUGCAUCAUGUGUCAUACAACAUGUUUCCCAAAACUCUAGAAAUCUUUUCUUGCCAUAUUUCCACAGUUGCUUAUAUGAGAAUUUGUUCUAAGUAGUGAUCCCUUCUGUGUGUGUAUAUAUAUGUGUGUAUAUAUAUAUAUAUAGGAGUGCCUGUCUAUUUAUUGUUCAGAUUGAAGACCAAAACAUUUUCUUGAAUAUAUUUGUGUAACAUUUUAUUUGUAUACAUUGUUGUCAGUCAAAUAUUUAAAUAGAGCAUGAUAUUUUAAAUCUGUUGAUGUAACAUGUUAAAUACAGUUAAUUGUUUUUGAAUUUGAAAAAUAAAAUUGUGAUUUAAGUAGU